AAAAUUACAUUUAAAAUGACAUAAAAAUAACCAGACAUUUUUUACUCAACACAAACACAAAAUUCAAAACUCCAAAAGCAAGCUCCUUAUCCACCUAGUUCUGGAAGGCAUGACAUCCAGCAAUGUGCAGAGCACGUUCGAUCGGCUGGUUCAACUGCCGGGUGUGGUUGGGGCCAUCCUGAUCGACGGCAAUGGGGUGCCUGUUCGGACCAAUUUGGAUGCCAAUGUCGCUAAGUUGUACGCCAACAGGAUGAGACCGUUGGUGACUUUGGCCCGCUCCAUGGUUCAUGACCUAGCAGACAACGAUGAACUGAGUUACGUGCGGUUGCGCACCCAUCGGCAGGAGUUUAUGGUGGCCACUGAGAACGAGCAUACGAUGAUCCUCAUCCAGGACAACCGCGCUCUAGAUGAAUCCCGACGAAGCAGUGUCGCCUCGCAUAGGUCUUCGAUGCACUAAAGGAGUCGAGUCUUCCAUGCGGACAGCAUAAAAAAAAAGUGACAUAAACAAGCUGCGCCAGCGGGGGAUGACCGGGUGAAAAGUCCUUGCACGGACGAGCUCACAAAUCCCAAGCACAGAACUGAAAUUGUGAGCCGGGCAUUGCUGUGCUGGAAAAAGCACGCAAAAAUAAAAUCCACAUCCAGGCGGGGUAAA